GAUGGCGGCCAAUAAUAGUUGUCACUGAAUAGUUGAGCGUCGCAGACACUGGAAUCUUGCGAGAAACGACAGCUGCGCGGUUUACUCUCAGUUCGCGAUUAGAAAAUAAAAAUAAAAAUCAUCGAAUAUAAUCGUAUCGAACUUAAUUUCUUCUACUUUUUUCGAAAUCGAUUCUAGCCAAAUCUCGAAAAAAGAUAAUUCUUUAUUUUCGUUUUAUGUUUAUGUUCUCCGUUCCGUACCGUUUGCUGUGAAACUGGUGAACACUGGUUGGCGAAUUAAUCAUUAUUUAGAAAAGAGGCAUUUCGCUAGGGAAGCUUUUAACAUCACGGUGCAUCGGAUAUCGGCGUCCACGAAUAAUGUCUAGUGUUUUAUCGUCGACGUACGAUCGUCGGCAUGCCGUUGCCGGUGGUGGCGGAGCGGCAGCCAGAACCGGAGGCCUUCACUGCCGCUAUUACGGCACGGACAGAAAACGAAACAGAUAUUCGACGUUUUCCAUCAUGAAAUGGUUCCGGCGGGGCAAGCACUGCGACGACGAGGAUUCCGCGUGGUUCCGAGAUGAUUUGCAGCGCAUUCAGCAGGCGUACGUGGAGCAGGAGGCCGACUACGCGGCCGUGACGCCAAUCGCCGCGUACCGCAGACCCGUGGCUACCUGGUGCCGAUGGUCCGGCAGCACGACGACCGUGUACAGUUUCGCGUACGUGGACGGCGAACGGCGGGAAGACGACGAGCAACAGCAGCAGCAGCAGCAGCAGCAACAGCAGCAGAACGGUCGAAGGGGGCGCGAAGAGAACGCGACUAACGAAAAUGACGACGACCUGGUGGAGUACAUCGACGCGGCUACGUUGCCAUUGGCUCGACGACGUUUCGACCGCGGCGCGCAUUGCUCGUCGUCGAACCGUGACACCGUGUUCAGAAAAUCGCCGACGACUACGCUCAACAGGAAAAGCGCGGUCGACACGAUAACAGGCACCAGACGACGCAACAAGAGGGUCGCGCCACCACCGCCUCCGUUGACGCUUCCGGUUGUGACGAUCGCGGCCGGGUCAUCGAGAUCGUCCACGGUUGUCGAAAUGGCCAAAACGAUGAGCACUAUCCAGCGGCGUUCCGCGACGAUGUCUAGGAAAAAGUAUAGAGCACCGCCACCGCCGAUAGCCGCGGCCGCGGAGUCAUCGCGUCCCCAACAGCAGUACGUGCCCGGUCACCGUGGUGUGCCGCACCGUCGUAAAAAGGGUCCGGCACCUAAGCCACCUGUAAAACAACAGCAGCAGCAGCAGCAGCAGCAACAGCAGCAGCAACUGCCGACGAAAUGGGUCGCUGGUGAAUUGAAAACCGGUGCGGAUAGCGGAUGCGGAGGUUCGAACGUAAGGCGAAAGAUAUCGCAGUACGAAAAGGAUCGUUUGAUGCAACGCGUGGACAAAAUCGAAAAACAUUUUUUUGAAAAGAACCAGGUCGGUAUACCGGUGGCGGUAACAGUAGGACGUGGUGAGAAGCCGAUGGAAAAAUCUACGUCGAGUGCUUACGGACACGGGUUCGCGUCGGUCGCGAUGCUGUACACAGCCAUGGCCGCCACCAACCUGACCGAGUUGGAUAAGCGCGCGGCGGAGAUAUGUAAUCGUCGGAACCAGCUCAUCAGGACCGCCGCGACCGACCUGCCCGUUAUAGCUUCACAAUCGGCCACGAUUGUGGCUGACCGCAAGAACGCUAUAGUCGCGGCGGUUAUCCGGAAAUCGUAUCCGUCUACGGUGGCACCUGCACCGAACGCAGAACAGCCGUUAAUGUCUUCGCGGUUGACCACCGGUGCAACCGACACGAUUUCGCGAGACCGCAGUAGUUCGAGUGAGACGACCGCGGACGACGAAACGCAACUGGUCCGACACAAACGUUUGGCUUUCUUCGAACAACGGACAACGGCUGCCUGUGAAAAGGAACAAAGUGUUGGGCGGGUGGUCGAGUUUGAGGCAACAGGGUCGCCGAACAGCGGUUUGAAGGUGGACGCCGCUGGCCCUAUUAAGCUGUCGCUUGGAACGCAAACGUCAGGGUCUGUUAUCGAGGCGAAAACGUCCAAAGGUACCGGCGCCGAAGGAAAGUCUACGUCCGGUGCAGCCGACUCUAAAAAUUUGCCAUGUGAAGAUAAUAACUGUUAUCAGCAGCUAAUGGCCAUGGAAAUGCAAAGUGACCUAGUACUUCAUAACGGUCCCUUUGAAUGCACUGUGUGUUUAUGUACAUAUGAUAAUAAUGGCGUUGUGUUACGUGAUUGUUUGCAUGUAUUUUGUAGGCCUUGUUUAAAAUUGACAAUUGACCAUUCGAAAGCUGAACAAGUAGUAUGCCCGUACAUAGACGAGAAAUAUUCUUGUACGGGAGUAUUGCAACAUCGUGAAAUAAAAAAGAUAUUGAAUUCGGACGAAGAGUAUGAACGAUUUUUGCAAAGGUCAGUAGAACGUGCCAGACAGUUGCUGGUGAAAGAUCACAACGGUGGAUCGUUUCAAUGCCAACGACCUGACUGCACCGGCUGGUGUUUAAUUUACGACAAAAAUGAAGUUGAUGAAUUUAAAUGUCCUGUUUGUGGAACAGUCACAUGCGUUCGGUGUGGGUCGAUUCAUACACAAGAACAAAAAUGUAAAACAAUAGAAGAAAAUAGUGACAUUGAAAUGUUGAAUACCCUCGAGAAUUUGAUUGACCGGGGCGAUGCAAUGAUAUGUCCAGGAUGUAAUACAGUUUUGUCAAAACAACAGGGAUGUGAUUGGAUCAAAUGUACGGUGUGUUUUAUGGAAAUUUGCUGGGCUACUAAGGGUCCAAGAUGGGGGCCUAAAGGAAAAGGAGAUAUUACAGGAGGAUGCAUGUGUGGUAUACCAGCUGGAAGAAAAUGUCACACCGAUUGUAAAUACUGUCAUUGAACAAUAAAGUUAAUUUUAUUUGUAUACAUUUA